AUGAAAAACAACAUCAUUGUCAUCUGUGUCUCAGGCCUUACGAGUGCCCUAAUCUUAUCCAGGAUUCAAUCUAAUUUAGUGACCAUCAUCGCCAAGCACAUGCCUGGCGACUAUGAUAUUGAGUAUGCGUCGCCAUGGGCGGGCGCCAAUUUCUUGCCUCGUUUUAUGCGGAACCCGUGGUAUCGCGACUAUAUGCCGGAUUAUCGCGAGCCCUUAUCAACAGAACUCCGCACGGGUGUCGACUCAGGCUGUGAGUUUGACUCCGCUUGUAUAAAAACAGCCAUCUAUCUACCUUGGCUUGUAAGGGCUCCGGCUGAUAUUAUUGUUAAUGCCUCGGGAUUUCUCGCGUCCAGACUCGGCGGCUUGGAUGAUGAUGCCGUCUAUCCAAUUCGAGGGCACAUCGUCCUGCGAGCUGCAGGUGGAGGUACGAUUUUAAGCGGGACAUAUGAGAAGGGUAGCUGGGAAUCUAGCCCAAACCCCAACACCGCGUUACGAAUUACGAAGCGAUGCAUCAAGCUUAAUCCCGAAGUGACAAAGUGA